AUGUCGAUGUUCAGCAGCUUUGACAAGGACCUGAAGAAGGCCGACGGAUGCCUGCACAAGGCAGCAGACAUGUUCUUCCACCCGCUGGGCGAGGACAUCUUCCACAAAUGGGACACGAACCACCCGGCGUUCCCGGGCCCCAAGCUGACCAAGGUGCGCGUGGAGUGCAAGGGCAAGGAGGAGAAGAAGGUGGAGUGCAAGAAGGAGGAGAAGAAGGAGGAGGUCAAGGUCACGGUGAAGGUCGAGGAGAAGAAGGAGGAGAAGAAGGUCGAGGUCAAGAAGGUGGAGUGCAAGGGGUCGCACGGCCACAGCUGCCACUCGUCAUGCCACUCGUCAUGCCACUCGUGCUGCUGCCACCACCACCACGACUGCCACUGCUGCAAGCCGGCGCCGCCCCCGCCCAAGCCGGCGCCCAAGCCGGAACCGACCACCUGGCGCAUCUACCCGUGCUACAAGGUCAUCGACAAGUACGCGAUCGUCGAGUCCGAGUGGUGCCCGACCAUGAAGGACUACACGGCCGACAAGAUCUGGCAGCUGCACGCCUACCUGCCUGGCGCCGACAAGUCCAAGGUCUUUGUCGAUGUGGUCGAGGGCAAGAUCGUUGUCCAUGGCGAGGGCGUCUUCCACUCGCACUGCGGGAUGUGGCCGGAGCACGUCGAGCACUCGUGCUCGUGCACUCGCGGCGAGCACGUGUCGUUCUGCAAGGGCUUUGCUGUGCCGCCCAAGACGAAGCUGAAGGAGGCCCGCGUCGAGUUCGAGGCCGAGGUGCUGGUCAUCCGGAUUCCGCGCGCCUAA